UUCUUUAGUACAAAAUGUCUACGAAAAAAAUGUUUACGUUGGUGUUUGUAAGGAAAAUUACAGAGAUUUUGUUGGGUUGGAAAAAACGAGGAUUUGGAAUAAAUAAAUGGAAUGGUUUUGGUGGAAAAGUAGAAUCUGGAGAAACAAUUCUUCAGGGAGCCAUUCGUGAAUUGAAAGAAGAAUGCGGUUUAAAUGCAGAAGACUUGAGAAAGAUUGCUAUUAUAGUAUUUCAGUUUGAAGGAGAUGAGACUCUGCAUGAAGUUCAUGUCUAUGAAUCAUUCAAGUACCAUGGAGAAGUAACAGAAUCUGAAGAAAUGCUACCAAAAUGGUACAAUAUAAAAGAUAUUCCAUUUAAACAAAUGUGGCCGGAUGAUGAAUAUUGGUUUCCUUAUAUGUUACGAGGAGAAUUGUUUAAGGGAUAUUUUCUCUAUCGAGGUGAAGACAUAAUUAAAUAUAAGAUUGAAACCAUGGAAGAACUACCAGUUAAUAAUAUCCCUUAAUUACAUUUCUAAGCAUUCAUAUUAUUCGCACAUAUUAAAAAAAAAGCAUUUUCACGUUUUUCUGCCAUAAAAUUCUAUAUACUAACAAAUUUGUUCAUGGUACAUCCUAUCCAGACUGAUUUUGUAUUCAAAAGAGUUUAAAGGGCUCAUUGUACAAAUAUAUUACAGAUUCCCUACACUAGUUGCACAUUUAAUUCAUGUUACACUACUUUAAACAUACAAAAGCUUUGCCGUUACGUCAGAGAUCAUCGAAUAAAUGUUCAAACAUACUGCGAGACUAAUAAAUUAAUUUUCUAUUCGCUGUUA